AAGUUCGUCUGCUCCGCUGGUUUUCGUCGGCGUGAAAAAGAUUUCUGUGGCCUUUAUUUAGAAAUUUUUCUUUCAAUAAUAUCCCGUCGAUGUUUUGCUUAUUUCGCUGUUGAUCGUUUGUUUACAAGACUCUCGAGUGUUUGCAAAGGAAUUUUAUUCUCUCUUUUUUCAGUGUUUUGUUUGAAUUGGAGUUAUUAAAAGAGUCAUCUCAAUUCCAGUUCAUUUAUGGAAUAUUAAAACGACACACAUCGGGUCGGGAAAUCUAUCACAGAGAAUGACUUAACAAGGAAUUAACUCUGAUCGUCUUUAUCUGGACUACACGACAAAGAGUCCAGAUUAUCCAAAAAUGGGGAUUUGACGGGGAAUUCCACCCGAUUCUAUUUGUCAUAUCACGUGGACGUGAAUUCAAUACAAAUCUUAUGUAACAGAGGUGAAGUUUUAAAGGUAAAAUGAAGACGCCUUUGACCCUUUUGUUGAUAUUAAUGGUUCGCUUGAGAUGUACUUCAGCCAUAGUUGACCCUUGUACAUUUUCUACGGAAUUCAUGUAUGACCUAUUUAUAAGCGGAAUACCAGAAAACCAGCCAGUGGGGUCUGUCAUCGCGGUAUUGCCGCUGAAUGGGGGUCAAGGGGAAGUGACUCUGACCCAGACCCCCAACCCCUACCUCCACCUUGACCCCAUUUCUCGCAAUAUCUCGAUCACCAAGGAACUGGACACGGACAAAGACGACAACGGAAAUCAGAUGUCCAACCUCAUCCUACAGGUCAUGUGUAUGCCGUCCGAGACAACAAGAAAGAGUUCCUUGACAGUGCGGGUUAUAUUAGAGGACAUCAACGAACACAGACCGAUGUUUCCUAAAAAUCAUUACAUCAUCAACCUACCAGAGGACACCCCUGUGGACACCGUGGUGUUUCACGCCGUCAGUGUGACGGACCAGGACGGGGGAGACACUGGAAACGACAACAUCCGGUACAGCAUCCUGCCGGGCUCGUACUCGAGUUAUUUUGAUAUCCAUAUGUUGAAAACUGAAAUAACAUUAAAGAAACCGCUGGAUUAUGAAAGUGUCCAUUCCAUGACCAUAGAAAUAGAGGCUAAGGACAACCCUAAAUAUGGCGAGCCACUCAGCUCCAAGGCUUUUCUCACGUUUAAUAUCACUGAUGUGGACGAUCUAAACCCGAAGUUUACUAAUGAUACCUAUACUGUCCGUCUUGAUGCGGACACACUGCCAGGAAGUCUUGUUCGCAUUAAUCCACCAAUUCGAGCCAACGAUGGAGACAGUUUAAAUGCCUCUAUCAAAUAUGAGCUUUUUGAUCCAAAGAAUCGGUUUGUAAUAGAUGCCACGACAGCCGAAGUCAGCGUUAAUGACAAGCUAUCUGAAGGACAACCAACUCUUGUGUUAAAGGCGAUACAGAGGGACAACCCCAUUCGACAGGGCGUGGCCUUGCUCCAGAUCAUUAUCAUUGGACAGGGCAAUAGUUUGGGGCCAUCUUUUGCACAGCCUCGAUAUCAUGCUGUUGUUUCUGAAAACGAGGCUGUUGGGACAACUGUAAUUACGGUUACAGUAACCGAUUACGACCAGUGGAAUUCUCUUCGUUACUCCAUUGGUCUCCAAGAGCAUUUUGCCGUGAACAACAAUGGGGAUAUUCUUAUCACAAAGGAAUUGGACUACGAGGAACAAAACCAGUUUGUCUUCAACCUCACCGCAUCAGAUGAGUUCUAUUCGGCAUGGACCACCAUCACUGUCUCAGUAACGGAUGUUAACGACAACAGACCGGAGAUCGUACAAAGGGAGAUCACUGUGAAUACCGAGAGGGUUCAAGGAGCGGAGAUCACUGUUGUUGAGGCUGUGGACAGGGAUCCGAAUAGUUCUCUUACGUUCUCUGUGGUCACUCAUAAAAGCCUGUUUGCAGUCUCGCAACAGGGCGUGGUAUCGCUGACCGGAAGUAAAGACGACUAUGUCCUCGACGAAUACAGUGUUGUGAUCAGUGUCAAAGAUAACGGAUCCCCUCAGCUGGAAUCCGUCGCCGUGGUAACAGUUGCGUUUCCUGCACGACUGACCAAGAAUACGAGCUCUCUGGACAUGGCGAGCAGCAACGACCUAAUAGCGAUUAUCUUAGGGAUUGUCGCAGCACUACUUCUUUUUGUCAUCAUUUUUCUCAUUGUAUACAUCAUUCGCAGACGACAGUAUGUCGAAGAGCAGCUUGACAGAGCGAAAAUACGUCAGGGUAUGGACCCUAGGGGUCUGACAUAUCAGCGCGGGGGUCCGUCCCCCGACCCCUCCUCCCACAUUGACAUUAAUUUUGACGGCGAGUUGGGAGAAACUUCCGAUGUGGACAGCCAUACCACGAUACAAGACAAUCCUCUCAAAUAUAGACUGGCGACCGCGCGCCAAAAUGGCGUCGGUGAUAUUCAGAUAGAGACUGCUGUCGUUCCGUACGACGACAAUUACAAUGAUUACCAGAACUCAAAUAUGAGAACUUUCCACGUGGAAGAAAUCAGUAGCAAUAGUGAUACCAGUGAUAGUACAGGGGACAGCAAUAAAAUGUUGAUGGAAAAACACAGAAAGACCACAAGUGGAAACACCAAUUCAUUAUCGUGGGCCGGAUCAAAUCCACCGUCUUCCACAUUUGGAUCAGAUAAGAAAUUAAUGAUGACGUAUUAUCGCUGUCAAUAGAUCAUAGUUCCCGAGGAACAUAUCAAGAAGGAAAGGCCAGAAAUAACGGUGUAUUUCUGACAUAAUUAUUAUAAACUGUUGACUCCCUAUUAAUUUCUGAAAAAGGAAAUGUUCAAAUAAAAUAAAUUCAGAUUGACCAUAAUGUAUGAGAGUGUUUAUGCAACAUUGCAAAGCAAUCAUAAAAAAUCCAAUUUUUUUCAAAGAAAAAAACUUCAUAUAAAUAUGUUUAUUUUAUUGAAAAUAACAUAUCAAAUGUUUAUGUUUCAUAGAUUAUACGUAAUCAUAAAAGCCCAAAACCAUAGGAUGCCAUUAAUACACAUUUCCUUCACAUAGUAAGUUAAUCACAUUUAUCAUUUCAUGAUUUGAAUAAAAACCAAAGUAUUGUCCAUACUUUUAUUUACUUUCAUGGUUUUGUACAUUAAUUAUCUAAUAUGCUGCAUGUACUUCAAUUAAAAAAAAGGUUGCAGAACAUAUAUAAAUUAUAAAAAUUAAA